UUGAGAUGAUUUGGGUGGGAAGACAGUAUAUGUUGUCCUAUAGACGAGUGAUUUCGGUUUUGUUUUGUUUUUAAAGCAGCUGGAGACAAAUACUCCUUAAGAAAAAAAAUCAAAUAUUACGAUAAAACCCUAGUAACACCAAGAACAACUAAUUACUUUUUAAAAGUAGCUUUUCAAGCUCAGUUCAGGAACAGAGGAAACACUGUAAUAAUUUGUUGUAGACCCCUAUUUGUGAUUGAAAUCAUUUUGCUAUUUUAAAAACUGAGAAAGUUGAAAUCUGUGUCACUCACUCUGGUAAAGGGAAAGGAAAACAUGGGCAUGAUGCAUUUUUUGGCUCUAUCUCUUGGUCUCUCACACUCUCUAUAAUACUAUUUUUAUAUUUCUAUCUAUAGCUGAAAAUGUGACACUAUGCUCCCAAAUGUUGUUGAACAAAAAUUAGAAUAUUCUCCCAAAUACAGAUAAGGAAGGCCAGAAAAGACAAACGUGCAGGAGCUUUUCUCUUUCUGUUCUUGGCUCACUUAGCCAAAGAGACGGUCCUGCCAUUUCCUCCUGCAGUUGCAUCAGUAAGAUCAGGCAUCUCCUACCUACUGUAUAUCCUGAUAGAUUUAGCAUGUGAACAUCAGUAUUGUUAGAGAAGUCUAGAUUUUUUAAACAGGUGUGGGAAACAUUGCUUUCUUACUUUAUUCUCUGAUCAUUGUUUAAAGGUUUUACAUGAAAAUAUUGUAGUUAAUGAUGCUGUAGUACAGUUUUCAAGGUUUAUGAUUGUGAAGGUAGUAAUGUAGGAGGCAGGGAGAAAACUGACCACGGAGAGAUUUAGGCAUAAGUUGUGGAGGCUUGUGCACGCGGAGAGUGUACAUUUGUAUGCACUUCUACACAGAUGGCCAAAGACAGGAGGCUGGGAAGUUGUGGGCAGCAGGAGAGGACUCCUUUAGUAAGGAUUAUCAGGAGUCGUGUGUAGUUUAUUGUACACCCCUGGGGGGUGGAGGAAGGAAUGUGGGUUGGGCAAAGUCUAGAAUUACACCAUUGCAGAAUUGGUUUUUUCUUCCACUCUUUAAAUAGCCAGCACCUUUUUACUAUUGCUUUCACGUUUUCCCAGUUAAUCAGAGACCUGACAGCUUAUUCUUUAAGCUUGACUUUGAUUGUUGCAAGUGGUAACAGUGGGGGGGAAACACGGCACUGAUUUUCUGAAGGUGGAAUGGAUUACCAAGUCCCUGGGGCAGUUCUCAAUGGAGAAAUACCUGCACAACCCAGUGGGGAGAAGAAGAAGAAAGAGGCAGCAGAUCAAAUAUUAGAGCGAGGCCACUGGAACAACAAACUGGAAUAUGUGUUGUCUGUAGCAGGAGAAAUCAUUGGUUUGGGAAAUGUCUGGCGGUUCCCUUACCUUUGUUACAAGAAUGGUGGUGGUGCCUUCUUCAUCCCCUACCUCAUUUUCCUUUUCACCUGUGGGAUCCCUGUGUUUUUCCUGGAGACAGCACUUGGGCAGUACACCAGUCAAGGAGGAGUAACGUCUUGGAGGAGGCUGUGUCCUCUCUUUGAAGGAAUUGGUUAUGCUUCUCAGGUGAUUCUCGUACUCCUGAAUUUCUAUUAUAUUAUAGUUCUGGCUUGGGCCUUGUUUUAUCUCUUCAGCUCAUUUACCAUUAAUCUUCCGUGGGGCAGCUGUGACCAUGAGUGGAAUACAGAGAAUUGUGUGGAACUCCAGAAGAGAAAUACUUCUCUAAACGUGACAACAGAAAAUGGUACCUCUCCUGUUAUUGAGUUCUGGGAGAGAAGAGUGCUACAUAUUUCAGAUGGCAUAGAACAUCUUGGGGGUGUGAGCUGGGAGCUGGCACUUUGCCUCCUACUGGCAUGGAUCAUUUGCUACUUCUGCAUCUGGAAAGGAGUGAAAUCAACUGGCAAGGUGGUGUACUUUACGGCCACCUUCCCCUACCUCAUGCUGGUAGUUCUACUGAUCAGGGGAGUCUCUCUGCCUGGAGCAUCUAAAGGGAUCCUCUUCUACCUUUACCCAGACAUUACACGGCUCAGUGAUCCCCAGGUGUGGAUGGAUGCAGGCACUCAGAUCUUCUUCUCCUAUGCCAUUUGCCUGGGAUGCCUGACAGCUUUGGGCAGCUACAACAAAUAUCACAACAACUGUUACAGGGACUGCAUUGCUCUAUGUUUUCUGAACAGCGGUACAAGUUUUAUAGCUGGCUUUGCAAUCUUUUCCAUCUUGGGCUUUAUGGCAGAAGAACAAGGUGUGCCUAUUUCUGAAGUAGCUGAGUCAGGGCCUGGACUGGCAUUCAUAGCAUACCCCCGGGCUGUUGUUAUGCUGCCUUUCUCUCCAUUAUGGGCCUGUUUCUUCUUUGUCAUGAUCGUUCUACUGGGAUUGGACAGCCAGUUUGUCUGUGUGGAGAGCCUGGUGACCGCCGUAGUCGACAUGUAUCCUGGGAUUUUCCGGAAAAAGAACCGCAGAGAAAUUCUCAUUCUUCUGAUCUCUAUCAUCUCCUACUUCGUAGGCUUGAUCAUGAUCACAGAGGGUGGGAUGUACGUCUUCCAGCUGUUUGACUACUAUGCUGCUAGUGGGAUGUGCCUGCUCUUUGUUGCCAUUUUUGAAACGCUCUGCAUUGGCUGGGUGUAUGGUGCUGACCGUUUCUAUGAUAACAUUGAAGACAUGAUUGGGUAUCGGCCAUGGUCUCUCAUCAAAUACUGUUGGGUAUUCAUCACACCAGCUGUCUGCCUGGCAACUUUUCUCUUUUCCUUGAUUAAAUACACCCCGCUGACAUACAACAAGAAAUACGUUUACCCAUGGUGGGGAGACACUGUGGGCUGGCUGCUGGCUCUCUCGUCUAUGAUCUGCAUCCCACUCUGGAUUGCCUAUAAACUUUCCACCAUUAAAGGAUCUCUAAGAGAGAGAUUCCACCAGCUUGUCUGUCCAGAUGAAGACUUGCCCCAGGGAAUGUGUCCCAAUCCUCCGCCCUUUCCCACCACUGGAACUGGGCUCCUGACGUUGACGGAGCUGGAUUCUCGCUGCUAGGAGGGGCACGCUCCUCAAUAGUGGACACUCCUGGACUCUGUUGAUGGCUAAGGAGAGAGGGUCAGUGAGCUCUGGUCCAUCCCUCUCCCCUUCCAAAGGAUCUGUGGUGGCUGCUAGGGACAGAGAGCUCUCCCGGGAUGUGGUGGUGGAAGCAGGUGGUGCUUCCGCUUCUCUCUGGUAGCAGAUUUACAGGCAAUGGCUCCAACUGAAAUGUUCUCCUGUGAGUUCUUCUGGGAAUGGAACAGGAAGGAUGGACCUUAGAAGGAAAUGUUUAACAUGAUCACUGAAGAGUUUCUCCUGUGGUUUUUUAUGGAGCCUUCCAUUCCAUCUCUAAAACACUGUUCCUUCUACAUUGUUGUAUGUGUUUUGAAAGGCAAGGUGGUGAUCUGUAACUGAGGCUCUUGUGUCUGCUUGGCUUUUGCAUCUCCAGCUUGCAGAGAUUUGAUACUAGAGCUCGUUAAGUGAAUUUCUCACCUUUCCCCACUCAAGGCAGCUUGCAAUGAUAAAAGAGGUAGAGAUAAAAGUCCAUAUCAUUAAAAUGUACAAAAAGUUUAAAUAUAAUUAAACUGCAAAUUGAAUUUAAAGCAAUAUAAAAGCAUACCCUUUAAAGGAAAAACAAAUAUAGACAGUGUUGCACAUUAUGGCAAGCCCCUUUCCCAAUGAGUAGUUAGUACCCAAAGGUGUGUUGAAACAAAAAAGUAUUUGCCUGCUGAGAAAGGACACUUGAGAAGGCAAAGGAAUGCAGAGAAAGGCCCCUGUAACCCACAGACUUCUUUUGCUGGCAGAUUCUCUGAGUUGGAGUUGCAAAGUAUAAUCUUACCAUUACCUAUAGUAUCUAUGCAGAUUUUCUGUUCUUUGCAUUGCCUUCUGACUUUUUUAGAGUGCAGAUCACGAUUCCUUUCCCCUUUGUCUUUAAGGACCAAGCUACAUGUGACACCAAUAGGAGCUCUUCUAAUUUAAGACUAAUAUCUGCUUGGGUGGAAUUUUUCAUUGGGACAGCUGCUGUGGGAAUGUUUCUACAUUCAGUCCUGCUCUUGGAUUGCUGUUUCUGCAAUUCCAGUCAAUAAAUUGUUACAUUUAAGGCACUGAUGAAUAAUUGUGUGCCAAUGAGUAGUGAAUGACUGGAAUCCUACUGGUUAAUCCCAGUUUCAGUAAACCUGUUUACUCAAUUGUUGAAUGGUGAGUCAACAUAAAGGUAGAUCUCAUUUUUUAUGAUUCUUUUCAAAAUUAAACAUACCCAGUUUCCUAAGUUACACAGAUCCAGAUCCUUCUUCAUAUAGGGCAUGGUUUCCAGACCAUUAGUCAUCCUCUGGACACAUUCUAGCAUGUCCGUAUCCUUCUUGAGUUGUGGUUAGAAACAGCAUUGCAGAUGAGAUCUGACCAGGGCGGAAUGGAGUGGUUCUAUUACUUCCCUUGAUCUAGACAUCAUACUUCUGUUGAUUCAGCCUAUAAUUGCAUUGGCUUUUAAAGCAGCUGCAUCACACUGUUGACUCAUGUUCAGUUUGUGAUAAACCAAGACUCCUAAAUCCUUUACACAUGUACUGGUGCCAUCCAUUCUUUAUCUGUGAAUUUCAUUUUGUCCUGAGCAUAUUGAACUGCUGGCUUUAUAUAGGUGCUCCUGAGGACUAUGUAAACUUGAAAUGUUUAAGCAUCCUAGAUAUAUAAUGUGGCUCCCCUCCCUAUUUUUAUUAAAUUGGAUAUACUACAUUUCAUUCAUGAGACUCAUCCCACCAGGUUUCAGUGAUGUCAAUUAUAUCAUACUGGCUUUGCUGUGUUAAGAGUGUAAGUUCAUCUUCUUUACUUCCCAUGCUCUGUGCAUUAUGUAGAGACAUCUAACACCAUGGGCCAUUUCCCCUAGCUGUUUCUUUAAGACUUUUUUUUACCUAC